GCCAUGGAGACUGCACUGAGACCAGAGUCCGCCAUGGCCAGGGCCGAGCGGUACGGCACAGGGUCAGCCUCACCCCGCGCUGCUGGCUGAGGGCCAGCCCCACAGCCCUGCUCGCGUGAGGGGCGCACAGAGGAAGCCGGUAUCGUCAUCUGCAGGGAGUGCCGAGAUGAGCGACACCGGUGCUGUGACACGCACAGCCACCGAGCCGGGCACUUGGUGACACCUGGGCGAGACGGGGCAGCGGUGGUGAGGGAGAUGGAAACAUCAGGCAUUGCCAAUCCCACAAGUGUGCAGAAGCCACCAGGAAUUUCAGUGUCCAUGCAAACAGAAGCUAGCUGGCUUUACGAACAUGCCUACGAAAAAUCACCCCUGCCAGACAAGUUCAGCAGUUUAGAUACUUUGUGCAACUUGGAGUUCAAAGAAGAUUUUGUGAAGCUGUUCAAGCAAUCACUACAGACGCUCCCCUCUGUUGGCCUGCCGACUAUUCUGGCCUACAGACCUGAAUCAUCAUGGGACAGCAUGCAGAUUGAGGUAGAGGAGGAUUGCACUCCAAAGUGUGAGUUCUGUGGUAGCCUGCUGAAGCCAUUUCCUUCCUUUGAGGACACUUGCCCACAGUCACAGGAUUAUGAAUCAAAGUUCUGCUGUGAGCAGAAUCGAGACCUCUACGAGUUCAUUGUAAAGGAAACAAAGAAUCGCGAAAGUGCUUGGAAUGUUCCCAUUGCUAUUAAACCCCACAAGUCCCAUGGCACUGAAGCUGAAAGACGCCUGUCAAAGGAGAGAGCGUACCAGAGGCAGCAGGAGAGACAAAUGGCCAGACAGUUAGCUUUCCUGGCAGCUGAGCCAACAACUGUAGCCGAAUGUUCAAGACAACCUGGCGUGAUUUCUUACCUGCUUUCUCAGGAGCCACCAUCUCCAACAGGCUGGACACUGGUACCUGGUGAAAGAGCAGCAAAGCUCAAAGAGGAGCCCAUCUCCUACAGCAUCACCUACUGCGAUUUCACCAUUGUGGGCGGAAAGGCAAGUAGCUGCUGCUUGAUGGGACGAGCUGCACCUGGAUUGCACCCACACUACAGAGUAGUGAAGAAUGAAUUGUUGGAAAGAUACUACAAACAUGGAGGGAAAUUUCUUACCAUGCUUCCAGAUGGAACAGCACAGUUAUUCUAUCCAUCUGGAAAUCUGGCAAUCAUUGUUAUACGAGAAAGAAAAUGGUUUAUUUGCAUAGUACGGGAAGACAAGCACAAUAACGCCGAAAUACAAGCAGUAUUUAAGUCCAAUGGCAGAAGUACUUGUUAUUACCCACACGGAUCUGUAUGGAUAAACAUGAAUGUUCAGGGAGGGCAGUAUUUGGACAAGGCAGGCAGCAGGGUGAGAAGGUGGAUGUGGCCAAACAGCUUAACAUCAUCAGGACCCUGCGUCCCACUGAGCCCCAUCUUCAUCUCCCUGAACCAGCACGUUGGGGUCAGGAUUGUGGGCCAGGACAAGAUCACUGUUUCCUUCCUCGCCAUGGGACAACAAGCAAAAUUCAACGUGGGAACCAAAGUGCAGGUCGGCCCGGCCAGCCGGCUGCGUCCGCCCACCCCGCUGAGUGAGGACGACCUCCUGCUGCUGGCCCUCAGGGUGAGGAUCCUGCGACUCUUCGAUAAACUGCGUGGAUGCUUAAGCUUUCCUUCCAACGAGCAAUGGGACAAAAUCAAGCCUCCAGCAUACCUUAUGACACAGACUUUAAAGAUCUUACACCUUUGCACAACUUCUGACCUAAGCGAAGAGCUGCGCAGCUCGGUUAGGGCGAUACUAAAUGCUCAGGUCUGACCAGCAUGUAUGGUGUGAAGGCAAAAUGAGCCAAGCCUGGGAAGAGACAGAGAUGCCCCUGAAGCUGUGGCACUUGCAUGUGCUCAGCAAGGUUCCACCUGCAGCUUUAACCCGCUGCGGUGUGGAGCCGAGGACAGCCUGUAGCCCUUCUGCACAGCCACUCUCCUGUGGCCCUCCCACCUGACAGGUGCUUGCUCAAUGUAAGUGAGGCUGUGGUGCAAGAAGCACCAGCUUGUGAGCCCAUGGCGAAGUAUAUCUUGUCUGUGAGGCUUGAAGAGGGGCUUUGCUCAGGGUACAAUAAAUCCAUGCUUGAGGUUGGUG